AUGGUUACAUUUUCCAACACCCAAUGGUUCAGUGCUGUUGUUACAGCGUGUGCGAUCUCUUCAGUCUUGUGCUGCAACAUCCUAAUUUUGCCAGGUCCCUCGGCGGGAAAUUUCUACGUUACCAUAUCGAGAUUUGGAGAACUCUUUGCCAUGAGAGGUCACAACGUAACCGUUUUGAUAAAUGACCUAUUCUACCAAAGAUUUGCAGGGUUGAUGAAACAACAACGAACAUUUAUGAAUUUUGAAGAGUAUGAAUGCGGCUUCAGUGAUACGCCUGUUGAAUACGACAUACUCACAAAAAGUACACAAAUCAUGCCAUCUAUUUUGGAGGCGCUUCGCGUUUUUGAAGUUAUGGCAGAAGAAACGAAUGCCUUUAUUGAAGACGGUAAACUCAUAGAACGCUUGAAUGCCUCGAACUUUGAUCUAAUUUUUGCCAAUGUCUUCAACCCAGGCUACGCUCUUAUUGUUGACAUAUUGCGUGUACCGUUCAUCAGUGUCUCUACUGCAAGACCGUUACCGAUGAUAGACGAUUUAAUUCAUGGUUUGACGUCAAACCCUGCAUAUAUACCAGCUGUAACGACAGGAUACUCAGAUAAGAUGACGUUUCCUCAGAGACUGAACAAUGUAUUUGCAUACCUUGCAUCGGCUGCAAUACUUGAGUUUGUUGUGUUAAAACCUUUCAAAAUUGUACAACAAAGGCAUAACAUUCGACCAGAGCUUUCAUACAGAAGUUUAUGUGGAAAUGCGGAGUUAGUACUUUUUUGUUCUGAUUUUGCAUUUGAUUAUCCCCGGCCCAUGAUGCCUCACGGUAUUUACAUUGGGUCAUUGACAGCAAGAACACCGGACCCUCUCAGUCAGGAAUGGACCGAAUUCGUCGAAUCGGCUGAAGAAGGAAUUGUAGUAUUUACACUUGGUUCACAGGUUAACAUCGGCGAAGACAUGGAAAAGGCAACUAAGUUUGUUAGAGCGUUUGCUAGAUUGCCACAGAAAGUGAUUAUGAAAUACGUUGGAAAUCCACCAAAUGGACUUGGUGAGAACACUAAACUCAGCAGUUGGAUUCCGCAAAAUGAUCUCCUAGGUCACCCAAAUACUAAAGCAUUCAUAGGCCAUGGAGGUAUCAAUGGAAUAAAUGAGGCUAUCUAUCAUGCAGUGCCUUUUAUUGGCGUGGCGACAUUCGGAGAUCAGUUUGAAAAUACAAGAAGACUGGUCGACAAAGGGAUGGCAAUUGUUAUAGAUUUGAAAUCUUUUACAGAAGAUGAUGUCUACAAUGCUGUGAAACAAGUGAUCGAAGACCCUAGGUACAAAGAGAACGCCGCUAGAUUAUCCAGUAUCCAGAGAGAUACUCCAAUGCCACCAGGAGAUGCAGCUGUAUUUUGGAUUGAACACAUUUUGAAGUUUGGCGGUGAUCACCUCAAACCAGCAUCCCUCCAACUGAAUUUCCUGCAGUAUUACCUCCUCGAUAUUGCAAUAUUUUUACUAGCCGUAGUAGCCAUUGUCAUUAUUAUCUUGCAGCAAGUGAUUAGAUUAAUCUUUAAAAUGUGUUGCAAACCAACUAAUAUCAAAUUGAAAAGAAAGAAGGAACAGUGA